AUGGCUUCUAUAAAGUGUCCCAAAGUAUAUUCUGAAGAGAGUUAUGAAGACUGGUUAGUCAUCACUGAAGACAGGCCAGAGGGUACUGAAAACCCUGAUAUCAGAGACAAAGACUUGCCAUGGUAUGGAGGGAGAAUGAAUCGCUCUAUAGCUGAAGAUAAGCUAUCAAAGUCUGCAAGAUUCGAUGGUACAUUUCUUGUUCGAGAGAGUGAUGCUUUAUCAGUUCGUAGAGAGCCUGUCUACAUGAUCUCAGUGUUGCUGAAUGGAGAAACUCAUCAUGUUGAGGUUAUCAAGCUAUCUAAUGGCAAGUACGCAUUGGCAAAUGUCGCAAAUGCUAAGGAAUUCAAGUCUAUCAAGAAACUAAUCAAACACUAUCGAAACAAGCCUCUCGAUUUGGAGGGUGGUGGUCGAACCAAGCUCAAGUACUUUCUCGACUAG